AUGAUACUGGCAUAUGCUAUCAAAAAAAUAAGCAACGAAACAACAGCACUAAUGAAAUUGAUUAUUAACAACGGCGGUGGUCGAAGUGGCGCAUUUUUGGCGUUAGAUGCAAAUUUAGAGCUUUUGAAAAAGACCGGACAAAUUGAUGUGUAUGAAUAUGGUAAAAUAUUGAUUAAUUCUCGACCUCAUCUGAUUGAUUCCGUCGAUCAAUACCAAUUCAUUUAUAAUGCUCUUGCUGAGGCAGUGUUGUGUAAAAUUGAACCUAUUGAAAUGUGGCAGCUGAAGAAAAGGAGUAGCAUGUACAAAGCCAAGAAAAAUCGUCAGGUAAUGGAAGCACAGGUUGAUGAUGAAGCAAAGUUAUUAUUAAUGCUGACACCCGAAUUGAGGAUAGGUGAUUGUGCUGGUGGUCAUCGAUUAGAAAAUCGUGGUAAAAAUAGGGACGUUAUGGUCGUACCACCUGAUCAUGCACGGCCAUAUUUGCAAACAUUACAUGGUGAAAGUAAAGAUUAUACAUACAUCAAUGCAGUUGAAGUGGAUGGUUUUAGACGGAAAACUGAAUUUAUCGUAACAGAAUGGCCAAAAACCUCAACAUUGGACAGUUUUUGGACGUUGGUUUUCGAUCAUAAUUGCCAUACCAUUAUUAAUUUAAGUAAUCAGGGGCGUUCUCGAGUAUAUCCAACAUUCCUACAUAGCAAAGGAAGACAAACAUACGGGCCUUUUAUUGUUGAAAUUUUAAAUCAUCAUCAAUAUCCAUCGAUGACCUCUCAUAUGGUUAAAAUUAUGAAGAAGUUAUUUAUGAUCUCAGAAUUAAUGGCAGGUGCUACCAAUCAACAACAGCAGCAGCAGCAACAACAACAACAACAGCAACAGGUGGAAGCCGAAGUUAGGAUAUGUUGUGUUAUACAGAUUCGAAUGUGGCCAAUUGAAAACAAAGUACCAUUAUCAACUUCUGGUCUUAUUGAUAUGAUAAAAAUGGCGCGUGGUUGGCGGAAACGUGCUCCGGAACGGCCGGAAACAAAACCCACUAUUGUUAUGUCACAUAAUGGUGUAAAUCGAUGUGGCAUUUAUAUAGCUGCAAAUGUAUGUAUUGAUCAGAUGGAUAUGGAUCAUGAAGUUGACGUCUUUCAUGCUGUUAAAUUAAUUCGAAUGAAUAGGCCACAACUUGUUGAUAGAGAUGAAUAUAAAUAUUUGUAUGAUUUGAUGCUUCACUGGUACAUGACCAAUCCGGAUUAUCGUAUAUUUGAUCAGAAGGAGGAAUCACGUGAUGCAGCAUCACGAAAUAGUUCGUUUCGUAAUUAG